AUGUUAGCAAACUCCGAUAAGAACAACACCAUCGACCAAGAUUACCAUGAGGGUGAAAACAGUCAGAGUCAACAAGUCAAUCUUGAGGACGAUGAAAGCAGUACACACGGACUCAUUUCAGGGAAUUUAAGGCGAGAGAAGCGAAAUAAACACUGGAUAAAACGCCAUCUUCCUUAUUUCCUGACCUUGAUGCUUACUGCUACGAACAUUAUUACUCUAGUGGUUUGGAGGAGCUCCUCGUCUACUUGGCAAGCACCUUGGCCCAGCUCAAUUCUCGAGUUGGAUACCGUCCGGAACACUCUGUCGGAAGUAGAAAUUUUGGGCCCUGCAGAUAUACCCGUGGAGAGGGAAAUGCGAGAGUUUUACACAGGAAUUACAGAUGAUAGAAGAACUGAGUUCCUGGGUCCUUCCAAUGCAAAGACAGACGUUGCCUGGGGUUCACUUGAAGAUGUUGGAUUAAUCCGUCUAAAUGAGCAGCAGGCUCGUCUCCUGGGGGUCCCAACAGCUCGAGAGUUCAAUGGCCUUCCUGGGUCCUACGUAGGUGUUUUGGAAGUUUUCCAUCAAAUUCACUGCUUGAACCGUAUCCGACAGGCAUUCUAUAGAGAACAAAAGGGGCCUUCGUUUGAAUCGCCAUCCACUAUACAGCGACACACUGAACAUUGUUUUGACUACCUCAGGCAGUCCUUUAUGUGCCUUGGCGAUGUUAACAUUGGACCAGUUGGAUGGAAUGAAACCACGCAGACCUACAUUGCCGAAGGAGAUGGAAUAAAGGAAUGUAGGAAUUUCGACAAAAUUCAUGCCUGGGCAAAAUUACACGAUACCCCGAUGGCGCCAGGAAAUGCUGCACUUCCUCCAACCCACGACAUUCAUCAUGGACAUGGUGGAUCCCGUUAG